AUGACCGGUUCAUCAUCCCAAUUUCAACAACUUGAGAAGUUAGGUGAAGGAACUUAUGCCACCGUUUACAAGGGACGCAAUCGGGCGACUGGUGCAUUGGUUGCAUUAAAAGAAAUCAACUUGGAUUCGGAAGAAGGUACACCAUCAACGGCGAUUAGAGAAAUCUCGUUGAUGAAAGAGUUGGAUCAUGAAAAUAUUGUGACGUUGUACGAUGUUAUACACACAGAAAACAAAUUAACCCUUGUAUUUGAAUACAUGGACAAGGAUUUAAAGAAAUACAUGGAAGUCCAUGGUCAACAAGGGGCUUUGGACUUGAAAAUAGUCAAAAGCUUCCUUUUUCAACUACUCAAGGGAAUUAUGUUUUGUCAUGAUAAUCGAGUUUUACAUCGUGAUUUGAAACCACAAAACUUAUUGAUUAACAGUAAAGGUGAGUUGAAGUUGGGUGAUUUUGGAUUAGCUCGUGCAUUUGGUAUCCCAUUCAAUACUUUUUCCAACGAGGUUGUCACUUUAUGGUAUAGAGCUCCUGAUGUGUUGUUAGGAUCCAGAGCUUACACAACAUCGAUUGAUAUUUGGUCGGCAGGGUGUAUUUUUGCCGAAAUGUGUACUGGUAAGCCAUUAUUUCCGGGUACAGCCAAUGACGAUCAGUUGAUUAAAAUUUUCCGUUUGAUGGGUACUCCCAAUGAACGUACUUGGCCUGGUAUUAGCUCGUACCCUAAUUAUAAGAAUAAUUGGCAGAUAUUUGUCCCACAAGACUUGCGUUUGUUGGUACCUAAUUUGGAUUCAAUGGGGUUGAAUUUGUUGAUGAGCUUGUUGCAAAUGAGACCAGAACUGAGGAUUACAGCUAGACAAGCUUUGCAACAUCCGUGGUUUCAUGAGAUAACGAUGCCCACUCCGGUGCAGCAUCAUUUAAGCGACCCUUACCAGCAACAAUAUCAGCAGCAACAACACCACCCUGAUGGGGCACAGCAGCCUAUUAUUGAUCAUCAAUAUUGA